AUAUAAAAGAAUACUCUUUAAACAAGGAAAUAGCAUAACAAAAAUGCCUGCAAAUCCUCCAAAAUCAUCCAUCUUGCUCCACAGGAUCAACAGUAACACCCCAACAGCAACACAUAACUCCACCGGCCCACCAGCCAGUGAUAAUUCCUUCAUACUUGCUCAAAAGCGCUAUCCUCUAGCCUGCACUAUCCCCGUCCCCGAUACCUUGGCUCGCCACCACACCCACCCCGUUGCUCCCAACCAGUGCUGCUCAGCUGUCGUGCGGCAGAUAAACGCCCCAAUCUCCACUGUCUGGUCCGUUGUCCGGCGCUUCGACAAUCCCCAGGCUUACAAGCAGUUCGUCAAGAGCUGUCACGUCAUCGUCGGGGACGGUGGAGUCGGUACCCUUCGUGAAGUCAACGUCAUCUCGGGACUCCCAGCGGCAAGGAGCACGGAGCGCCUCGAGAUCCUCGACGACGAGCGUCACGUUCUCAGCUUCAGCGUCGUGGGUGGGGACCACAGGCUGGCUAACUACAGGUCUGUGACGACCCUCCACCCUUCGACUACGGGAAACGGAGCGGUGGUGGUGGAAUCGUACGUGGUGGACGUGCCUCCGGGGAACAGUAAAGACGACACCUGUGUGUUCGUGGACACCAUUGUUCGGUGCAACCUGCAGUCAUUAGCUCAGAUCGCCGAGAAUCUAGCCAGGCCCAAAUAGCAAAUCAACGGGAAAAAAGUCAUCUUCGUGAGUAGACUCGGAACCCUCCAUCGAAAAUAGAUUAAUUUCUCUGUAAUGCAUG